AUAGAAAACUGCUAAGCAGCUAACUUCAUUACUUUACUUCAUUCAUAUUUCAUAGUAUAGCAUAGUAAGGUCAAGAAAUAUUGCAUCGAUAUUGCUAUUGAAAGCAAGGGAUUAUAUCGAAGAUAAGAUUAGGCGGAUCACUAACAGUUCUUGAAUAGAAGUUUACACUUAAACCUUAUAAAUACAAAUUAUGGACGAUGGAGGUGUGGUCAAGAUGAAACUGGACAAAAACUUGCCGCCUUUGAAGCUAAAUUGAAAUUGUCAAUAAUUACAAUUGUUUUCUAAUAGUAAAAAUUAACGCCGACGAGUCUUUAAUACAUUAUGUUCGUUUCUGAAGAGAAGUUUUAAAAAAUUGCCAUUGAAUAUCGCUUCUCUUCAAUCGUCGCCAAAAAUGAGCAAUUGGGCGAGACGAAUGCACCGGCGAGCUGCUACAUUGAGUAAUGUGGUCACCUCUUGCGGACAUCCUAAUUCUCUUCCAUAUCCAAGGCGCUUGGAAAAAGUUAAAUUUGGUGUUCCUCUUCACGAAGUCUGCAAAGAUGAUAUACCGGGUCCUUUGCUCGUGCUGAUUUUAAAGUUAAACAAGGAGGCACCGCUACGUCGUGAUGUUUUUCGCGCCCCCGGCCAUCAAGGUGCUAUGAAAAAGUUAAUACACUUUUUACAGACCGGCCGACUUGUUAAUGUGGAUAAUUACUCCGUGUAUACUAUCGCAAGUGUUCUGAAAAAAUUUCUCAGGAAGAUCCCAGGUGGUGUGUUUGGUCGUGAAGGUGAAAUGCAUCUAUUUGCCGCUGUAGAAUUACCACCUGAACAACAAGUUGGUGCAAUUCGUGGACUUCUGUUGUCACUCCCGGUGUGUACGCAGAGACUGCUCGUGCUACUUUUCGGCACUUUCCGGGUGAUGGCCUCAAACGCCGAUAAAGCAGGUACCGGUAUGACAUCCGAGGCUUUGGGUGUGUCAGUUGCGCCGUCGUUCUUCCAUUCCUGCGUGUCUGAUGGCAAGACGGCCACCAUGGAGGACGUGCAACGGUUCAAGGUGGCGACUCGCAUCAUGAGGCAGUUGAUCGAACAGUUCAGCGCUGGCGACCUCUUUGGACGGGAAAACUACGAGUUCUACGCGCGCGUUACGGGCCGUAUUUUGCGUGUUAAGGAUGAAUGGAUCUGUUCCUUCAGGGAUCCCCCGCCGCCGAGACAUCAUCGGGAUCAAGAGGCUUAUGCAAGGCAAUUGUCACUGGAAGCAGAAAAAACAUGGCUGCAAUGUGAAUGCGAUCGUUGGGGCAACAAGUUCAAUCUUGAAGGGUUGUCAAAGUCUGAGGAAUGUCAGUCUAUGCCGACACUGGCUAGUGCGGGGGGCGCGGGCGCGGCGGGCGGUGCGCUAGGUCUGGGCAUCAUUCCCGAGCACAGUCUGCUCGACUCUUGCACACGUCUGUCUAUAUCACUUGAAGAGAGCGUAUUUAAGGUAUCAGUGAGUUCGUCAUCUCAGUCUUCGUGCAGCAACUCCAGUCCGCACAUGACCCUGGACGAGCUGCGAGCCAUCAACAAGUACGCGGAGAGCACCAAGAGCCUGUCAUAUUUGCCUCAGGUACACGAGAGGCAGCGGGCGCGGAUGCGGACUCGCUCCGAGUGGUUCCUGCAGCCCGCUGCGUCGCUGGACGCGGGCCGCUCGCGCGCCGGUACGCCGCUAGAGCCCCGCCCCGCUCCAACUCGCGCCCCGCCCCGCGCCCCGCCCACCGCCUGCGCGGGGGAGGCGCGCGACGAGAGCACCGCCCUCUACCUGCUUGUGGCCUGCCUAGAGUUUUUGUUCUGAACGCCCCGGUACUGUGUCAGUGUUAACAGACUAACAUCGCCCUGGCUUUGCUCUCCUACCGCUUACGGUGAUGAGGUUUCAAUAGGGACUAAGUAUCAAAUGUAAGUACCGACCGAGUCAGUUCUGAUAUGUAACGUCUUCGUAACUCAGUACUCGGUGUGAAAUUUAAUGUAUAACACACUGCGACUAACAAAAUAAAACUGACGCAGUACUGUUGUAUGUGCAUGAAUAGUGUCAACAUGUGGUCACUGUCAAAUGUCAUGAUGGAUGUCAAAAUGUCAAAUUAACAAUAAUGAAACCAUCGCGCCAAUAGUGCGUUAACAUAAUAAGAGAACAUUUAAGAAAUUAAAGCGCAAUUCGCAAAAUACACACGGCAAGAUUUAUUAUCACAAGGCAUUUAUAACGUGGGUUAUUUAAAAACAUUGAAUUUUUUUCACUAUUAAUUAUACACCAUUGUCAAAUAGGCCAGUUUUAGAUACACUAUUUUGACAGUUAAAUUAAGAUAAUCAGUUUGUUUGAGGAGAGAAAAGUCUCGCUUGUACAGCACAUUCAUGGUACGGGGGUCGGCUUUGGCAGCAGCAUGCAUUGCACAUCACUUAACACCUCCACUGCUACCGGCUCGCAUUGCAUUAUCACCUUGAUAUUUAUUCCCGUGCCAGUGAUUCCCUUGGCGUUUCAUAAAAAAUAAAUCGUUAAAAUCAUAGUGACAGGGAACGUGUUAACACAUUCAUU